GGGAAGAGUGGGGCAAAAGAGUUUAUUUUUAAUAUGCAAUUAUACGUGAGUACAAUAUAUUUAAGUCUAAUAGGGUUGACAACGGAUAUCUAUAUACAAUGAGAUGAUUACCUCUUGAUUGUAUGUAACUAAUUUAUGGUGUUUAGUGGCGAGUGUAAUGGUAUACGAGUUAAGGUGAACGGUUUGUUCUUUUUUUCUGUUGUAGAAAGAGGCGUAAAGUGCAACGCCGUAUCGCCAUGCAUUUAUAUUUCUAAAUCAUUGGUUAGUGAUAGUGCCAAUACAGGUCUUUCCAACUGGAGCAAAUUUUCAGAUCUUGGAUAUACAUUUAACUAGUUAGACUAUUUCUACUUUUAUUCAAUACUUUACAUUAUCGAUGACAGUUGACUGCGUAUUACGUAAAAAAGCUGCAAAAAUCGUACCAAAUACAGAAACACACACUUUCCCGUCCUUGGUACAACAUAACACCAAACAAAUCCAUCUGUUUUUCCUUUUUUUUUGACUUCAUUAAUACAAAAAAUUAGUUAUUAUUUCAAACUUAUCGUAAAAUAAGUACAUUUCACGGGCAAGUCAAAACUGUAAUUGGUAGCGCUGCCAUCUAUAAAUGUAGUUUAGGAAGUAGUGUAAUGAGAGCAUUCUUUCACUACAUAAAAACCAAUGAUCAUAUUACUAUAAAAAGGAGCCACCCGAGAUAAAUUUAGGUCCAUUUCUGUUGGUUUUCUUGUCUUUACAUUUGCUGCCAAUUUGGAUCUACUUUCUAUCUCCCACAAAGAUCUUGGCAGAAGGGGAGAAAAAAAAAUGAGACCAGUCAAUUUACAACAGUAGACAUCCAUCACUUGAAUCACCUCAAUGAGCGAGAUACUUCUCAAUUACAUCAAACAUGUCAAUCUAUAUAUUGAAACUAGAGACAGUAAAAAGCUCCUAGGAUGUUUCACCAUCAAUCCAGGUAAGGAAGAAGGAGAACUUCGCGCCUCAUUCCCGCCACCUAAUGAUUUUGAUUUAUAUUCCAUUCCAGAAAAGUUUCGCCCUGUCGUCGUGAAUCAUUUGAAAGUAAUUGCUGCGAUAUAUAAGGAUAACUCAUUAGCUGCUGCUUUUGAGUACUCUAAUGAAUUGGUUCUUUCUCUUAUUCGAGCUAGUGAAUCAGCAGAAUUUCUUUGGAUCCAACCAGUGUUGUUAGAUUGCUUCAAGGAAUUGGUGCUUGUUUAUACUGUCAAGGAAAGGCAGGAUCCUGAUGAUAUUGAAAGUAUCCAAAUGCAAGAUAUGGAUGAUGGUGGUGAGUUUGGUUCUGGAAAGAAAGUCAGCUGUUUGGAAAAAUUGGCCAUUACGUUUAAUAAGGGAUUUAAGUUGAGUUUGAAUGACAAGAAUCCAGAUUUGGCCAAGAGUAGAAGAAACGAUAUAUAUUUCUUUAUGGCUAACUUGAUCAAGAUUUACUUCAAGUUGGGCAAAUUUGAAUUGGCAAAAUCUGUUCAAAAAGCAGUCAAGGGGACAAGAUACCCUUUACCAGAAAUGAAGAAAUGUAAAUCUCAAAAGAAAUAUUGCGUGGUUUAUUUGUACUAUUCUGCAUUAAUGGCAUUGGAUGAUGGAGAUUAUGUUACCAGUGAAUCAGAUCUAGACCUUGCGUUAUUGUUAAUUCAAGAUUAUCAGGAUUAUAGCAAGAGUAAACAAGUUCAACAAAUUAUGAUGCUUUUGUUACCAUUGAAAUUGUAUAAUCGAGGUAAAUUACCAAAGAAAACAUUCUGGUUGAAACAUCCCGCCCUUCGAGUAAUGUACAGAGAUAAUAUCUUCCGAGCAAUCUUGACGGGAGACCUUCGUAAGUUCGACCAUGCCAUGAAAAAUUUCCGAAUUGUUCUUCUCAAGAAUCGAUUAUAUGUCUUGGUUGAGUUAUUACGACAAUAUUGUCAAUUGGCUCUUAUUAGAAAGACAGUGGCUAUGAUUAAAGAAAUUAAGAAUGAUCACAUCAUUUCGUUAAGCGCAUUCCAAUUGGCAUUUGAGUAUUCGCAAUACCAUGAAGAUAACUUCAAUAUCAAGUUCGAUUUUGCUAAGGAUCAUACUUACAAUACUACAAUUGCGGAAAUAGAAUGCAUAUUGGCCAACUUGAUCGCCAAUGGGAAAAUUAAAGGGUAUAUAAGCCAUGCACAGCGUUGUAUUGUUUUGUCGAAAAGCAAUCCAUUCCCUAAAAUAGCCACCUAAAACAAAACAAAACAAAACAAACAAACAAAAGUGGGCUAUGUUAAAGUGUAGUACAAAGCGCGUAGAGGUAAUUAUAAAGUAAAUAGAAAUCAAUAAGUUGGUUUA